AUGGAGGUGAAUAUUAACGACAACAAAGUUCCUAAAAUCGACGAAAAAGUCCCAGUCAUUAUGCACCCUUUGCUUAGGAGAACUGAUGUAUUCACACUUUUGAAUACUUCUCACAGAGUUCGAAUUUCUGAAAGUGUUGUGGGAAACUCUGUAAUAUUUCCGAAGUCAGCUGUAGCUUUUCUGAUUAUAGCAAGUGACGAUAUUCUAAAACAAAGUCAUCCCGUUGUUCUUGAUGCUGAAGUGUCGUCAAAACCUACCUCAACAUUGUUGAAAUCAAGAUUAAGAAAUCUCAUCAUGUCUUCGAUUUCAGAAGAAGUUGUUUUGGAUAUACUAUCAACAAUUGGCCUGAGUUUCCACGAUUGCUUUGUGCUCCAUCAAGGUUGUCGAAGUAUCUCAAACAUCGCAAAAGCAUCGAUACAACAACUUAUGGAUUGCAGUUUAGAUCAAGCUACGGCCAUGAAAGUUCAUAGCUUUUUUAAUGACAUCCGAAAGUAUAAUUAAAAUCUAUCAAGGAGAUUUGGAUAUUGUUGAUUUAUUUAUUAAAAGCUGUUUCUAUCUAGAUUUAUUAAAAUACUAGAAGGUAAUAAUGUUUUAUAUAAUCGUUCAUAUACUUUGAAAUUCAUAAUUUUGACAGUUUACUUUAUAUCACCAAUAUAUACAAAAUAGAAUUCCUGUAAAAUUACUCUGGUUCUAUUAAAUUCCCAUUAUAUCUUUCACGUAAA